CCGGGAACCUUCCCAAAUGCCAACGGCUGGACAGAGCCUCUUAUAAAAGGGGUGAUUUACACAUUUUCUUUUAGUUCGAAAGCUUAUUUGCACCUUUUCCCUAAUAAUUUUUAUUCAUUAUAAAUAUAUGCAAUUUCUUUUUGUCACAAGAAUUAUAAAAAUAUAUUUUAUACUCACUGUAGUCACAAUUUAAUCCACAAGUUUUAUAGAGUAUUUUGGUAACAUUUUAGAAAAAGAGCCUAUAUAAGUAUAAUCCAUGUUUGGGCGACUAGGAUUUUAAAUUAAUACCCUCUGAGCAAAUGCGCUCCAUAUACUCUGAGUAGAUUUGUAAUCCAAAGAAUCAAAAGAAAAAGCAUUUAGUUUUGAAGAUGAUGAGCUCCAAAGCAGUACUCAUCCUUGCUCUGUUCCUCAUCCACACCUCUGCCACCCGAUACGCCCCGGACCACGCUCAGAAGAAGCGCCCCAGUGAUCAAACCCGUUCUGGCGACGGCGGCGGAGGUCUCGGAGCGUUCUUCGGGCCCGGAUCUGGGUUCGGGAUUCCUGGUCUCGGCGGAGGGUACGGAUCCGGAUUCGGAGGCCCAGGCGGCGGGAGCGCCAAAGGCGGGGUGAUACGGCCGACGGUGGUCUGCGACAAAAAGGGGCCGUGCAAAGGGAAGAAGCUCGCGUGUCCGGCCAGCUGUUUCAAGUCGUACAGCAGAGCGGGAAAGGGUUACGGCGGCGGAGGCGGCGGCGGUGGCUGCUCCUUCGACUGCACCAAGAAAUGUGCUGCAUCUUGCUACUAAUGUUACCGCGCGAGUAUGUAAUAAUUACUCGAGCGUAAUGUAUUUAAGCCGGUCAGCAG